AGCUGGUUGAAUUUGAUACCAGGUUCAAUUUGUCAGGAUCGUAAAAAUAUAAACAAAAAAAAACCCCUCUGUUUAUAGAAUACCCCCUCCAAAAGGACAUCGUCUAAUUGGGUCCGUGUGCGCAUAAAUGUCGUAAAAUUAAUUUCGUGUCAGGAUCGUACUACGAUCUGACCAUGGCCCAUGUCGCUAAAACUCUAAAUGCUAAUCUAAUCGCCCAUUUGCGAUCGUAAGAUUAGCGCUAUCAUGGAUAUAGAUUGGAUCGACGACGACGAAGAACUGGCGGCGGCCUUGGCGUCGCACGAACAGCAGGAAACCGAGGUAGGACACGAUGGAGCCGAUGCAGCCUGCGAGGGAUUCGACACGGCCGCCGGGCACAAUUGGAUCUACCCGACCAACCUUCCCCUGCGAUCCUACCAACAAAGUAUCGUCCAGUCGGCGCUGUUCAAGAACACCCUGGUGGUGCUCCCCACGGGCUUGGGGAAGACCUUUAUUGCGGCGGUGGUGAUGUACAACUUCUACAGGUGGUAUCCCAAGGGGAAGAUCGUGUUCAUGGCCCCCACAAGACCCCUGGUGUCCCAGCAGAUCCACGCCUCCCAGAAGAUAAUGCCCUUCGCCUCUGCCGAUACUGUGCAACUUACUGGUCAGCUACCUCGGCCCAAACGAGCCGAGCUGUGGGCCACCAAGCGGGUCUUCUUUGCCACGCCCCAAGUGGUGCACUCCGACAUGCUGGAGGCGGAUGGCGGGUCCAGCUUUCCCUUUGGGUCCAUCAAGUUGAUUGUGGUGGAUGAGGCGCACCGAGCCAAAGGUCGCUAUGCCUACACCCAAGUGGCCGACUGUCUGAUGGCGCGGAACCGCAACUUCCGGAUGCUCGCCUUGUCCGCCACGCCGGGCAGAACGAUGGAGGAUGUGGCAGCAGUGUGCCAAAACCUUUACAUUUCCAAUCUACAGGUGCGCUGGGACACCUCGAUCGAUGUGCAGCCCUACAUACACAGGCGGACCAUUCGAACCAUAGUGGUCUCCUUGAAGGAAAGGAUCAAGGAGCCGAGAGAGCGACUGCUGCAGAUCAUCGAGCCAUAUCUGCGCCAGCUCACAGAGGCGGAAAUCUUCAGAGGCAACAAGGGAAACGUGAGCAAAAAUAGUUUGCUCUUUGAGCAGAAAAGCUUCAUCGAACGCUCAGCCCAGGGCCAGCGACAUCCGGAUCACAACAUUAUAAUGGGAAACUUCGCCAUGUGCAUCAGCAUGUACCACUCGCUGGAGCUGAUGGAACGCCAUGGUCUUCGGGUGUUUGUGAACAAUUUCGAUGCCGACGAGGACGGGCGCGAGAAGUUCGUUUUGGCCAGAGAUCGCGAUCUGCGAGAUUUGGUGGAGCAAGUGCGGCAGGAGCUGGGCGCCAAUCCCCUGGACUACACCACGCAUGCCAUGACGAACGGAGAAGUGCCCCCGUUGCCCACGGAUCUGGACUUUGGACAUGCCAAGUACGAAAAGUUGCGGCAGGUGUUGGUCCAGCACUUUGAGACGAACGCCGACUCCCGCGCCAUAGUGUUUUGCGAGUACCGUGAGUCCGUGAUGCUGAUCCAUCGCCUACUCCUCCAACACAGGCCGGUGCUGCGUCCGCGCUGCUUUGUUGGCCAGGGCAGCACGGUGGGAGCCAGCUAUGCCCUCACCCAGAAACAGCAGCUGCAGAUCAUGGCCGACUUUCGAUCCGGCACCAGCAACGUGCUGGUGGCCACGUCAAUCGGAGAGGAGGGCUUAGACGUGGGAGAGGUGGAGAUGAUUGUGUGCUUCGACAUGUGCAGCUCCAAUCCCACAAGAUUUGUUCAGAGGAUUGGACGCACUGGUAGGAAGAAGAAUGGAGAAGUGGUAAUGCUGGUGACUGAGGGCCGAGAGCAGCAGGUGCUUAAGGAUGUUCUGGCCAGCAAGGAUCAGAUCAACAAAAAGCUACUUAACUCAUCCGUCGUAAAUUUGUCGCUGUAUGAACAUAAUCCUCGAAUGGUGCCACCACAAUUUCAACCGAAAUGCGAAGAGAAGCACAUGGAGCCGACUGUUGAGGAGAAACCCAAGCCAAAGACUAAAGAAGUCAGGAAACGGAAGCAACCAGUUGUUAAGUGUGGCAGUCUAAGGAAAUACUUCAAGGAAAGCGCUCCCUCGGAAAGUCAGCAGGGCAUUUUACAGGGAAUGCCAGCCUACCAAAUGAGUGAGGCAUCCCAGCAAAUGGUCAAGCAGCAAGUCAUCCGUCGGAGCGUAAAUCUAAAGAAUUUUUUCAUUGAAACUCAGGGCGGCUCAACAUUAACUAGCAGCCAGGAAGAUGUGCAACGUCUGCGAAAACUCACUCGCCUCAUACAGUCCAACAAACCACUGAUCACUGACUCCCAGGAUCUUAUAAGCCAUUUGCAGGAUGAGCAAUUACCCAGUCAACUGAAGCUUUAUUUGCUGCAGAGCAAUCCCAACUUCCUGAGGGAAACCCAUUCAAAGAUGCAGGUCCAGAGCCAGUUAAAUAUUCCUGAUGAACGCUUGAACAGCCGACAGCAGCGUACCAGGAAUAAUUAUCAACUGCUCCUGGACAUUUGCGGUGGUUCUGACAAGUUGGAGGAGCUUCUUCAAGAGGAGAGUGGUGUGGCGGAGAUAACAUUCAGGGAUCUAAAGAAUCCCAUUGAUAAGCAGAGGGAGAGAGAGUUUGCAGACAUAUGCGAUAAGAUUUUCGACGGUCUGGAGGAACAGGGCCUAAACUCUGACAACUUCGAACUGAAGCAAGAUCUUCUGGAAAAGCUGGAGUUGCGAAAUCUGGAGACAACAGUAAAUGAGCAACUGGGUGGCAUUGAAACAUCCUGGUCGGAGGAGGAAUGGGAGGAACAGGAGGAAGAGGUUAAGUGUGAUUCAAUGUACCUGAGUCAGCAAUUGAACUUUUCAACCGCCCAUGCAGUCCCCCAUAGCUCCACGCCCCUGAGAGUAAUACCCGAAAGCAGACUGAAAUUCAAACCCGUGCAGGAGGAGGAUGAAGAGGAAUGCAAAUCCCGGGUGGAGGCCAGCAAUUUGGGUGACAACUUGGGUCUCUUAAAUUCGUUGAUGAACACUAGUGAAUCGAUUUUUAAGAUUGAAGCGACUGAAGUUUCACCUCCACUUCCUAUUCUAGAAUCCAUAACAGAAGAUAAUAACAUUCCUGUUGCAGAAGAAAGUGAGAUUUAUCCAAUGAGUUUGGACGAGACAAAGGUAGCGGUUCAGCCCACCCCAGAUCUGAAAACGGAAGCAGAAUCCACUAUAGAUGAUUUUGACAUCGAUAUAAAUGAUUUUCUGGAGCCAAUGGAUGAGGAAAUGGAACUGACCUCUCAGAAAACGGAAAACAAAAACAAGGCAGAACAAGUGAAAGUAAAUAGCCCGCAGCAAGGGAAUCUAUGCAAAGAUGAACUUGAAAUACUGUCCGAAGAUUUCAAAGAUUUUCUAGAGCCGAUGGAAGAAGAAGUGGCAUUAAUUAGUCAGCAAAAUGAAGAUGACUUCAAGGAUUUCCUUGAGCCAAUGGCAGAGGAGUUGGAACUGAUGAGCAAGCACAGGAAGGAAAUGCUGUCUCCAAAAAUACAAACUGAAAAGAAAACACUUUUGGUAAUCCCAACUGAGAACAGUUCACGUACCGUAUCGCCAGAUAUCUUUAACUCGGACUCCUUGUCACCUUGGAAGCCACAAGGCAAAAGUCUGGCCGCCAAAUUGGCAGCAAAGACAAAGGCUUUGCCUCGCACUCCUCCGAAUUCAGUUAGCCUUAACUCGCCAGAAAACCGCAAGCGCACGAAUCCUCUAGCACAGGAAAAAUCCCCAAGCAUCUUUGAUCUGUAUUUGAACCGUAUGCGAGGCCGUGGUCGUCUGGCCAAAGCUGCCGAAACCCUUCACCGAAUGACUUCAACCAAUACUUCCAUCCCGUUGGCUAAGGACGAUGAGGAUUCCCCUAUUGCACGGCGUCCCUCAAAGCGCAAGAUUGUCAUAAGCUCCGAUGAAGAGGAAGAACAGAAGACACAGGUUGCGGAAACUCAAGCGGAUCUCGAGUCGGAUGACUACGAGCAAAUUCCGAACACGCAAAUGCUCGAAACGCCUACGCCCCCUCCAAAGCCUCGCCAUAAACGCAGUAAAUUCAAUUCCUUUAUUCUGGAUGAGGCUGAUAAGAGCGGAUCAGACCAUGAGGAGGAAGGGGAGACCACGAUUGGCGCAUAUCUGAAGGACUCUGUGAUAGUUUCAAGCGACGACGAGGACCAUAACGACACCAACGCACACGCUAUUUACCUCCGUGCAAUGAAGAGCCCCAUUCAUAGACCAGGUGCCUUUAAGAUGCCUCCUUCACGAGUGUAUCGCGACGAAUCCCACAUAUUCUCGCAACCAGUGCAGGAUGACUCCUCGCAGUACCUUCAAUGUUCCUUUGUUGUUGACGACGACAGUUCAACCAUCGAACGUGGGCAUGAUGUUUCCGAAUGCCCUCUUGAGCAAGCCGAACGCAUUUUAAAAGAGCGGCGAAAGCAGCGGCGCCUAGGUAAAUUGCCACCAGAACCUGCUAAUAAACGAAGACGACUGCAAACCAUGAGCACUUCAAGUGAUGAAGAUGAUGUGGUUUUCCUUGGGUGAGGCGUAUUGGCCCGCUUACCAGUGCCAUUGUAUUCCAUCAUUUGUGAUUUGUUAACUUUACCCGAUUUUAUUUUGUUUGAUUUAAAAGUUACCUAAGUUUGUAAAUAUGUCAAUACGUGAUAGAGAUCUUUAAAAGUCCACAUUAUUGUAAACAAAUUCAGUUCGCAAGUUUUUUAUUUUGAAAUUCGAUUCCAAGAGAGCCAAGUUGAGCGAAAGAAGAAUACCGAUUGUUAAUAUAUCGAUACAAUAAAUUUCAGAAAUAAUUCUCCCUUCCGCUA